CGAUCAAACCGACCUUACUUUUCCAGGCUUUCCCAUUUGUUAGGGUUGCAUGUCUCUCUCGUAGGGUUCCAUUCCGACUUUCAAUUUAGGGAUCAGCUCUGUCUUUCGUCUAUUUCUAUUCGUAAUCUGUUCAAUAUUUGGGUUUCCUUGAGUUCUCACCCAGCUCUAUUAGGGUUUCAAAAGUAUCAUUUAUAUUCGUCUUAAUUGUGAAACAAUGCCUCCACGGGUGGCGAAGAGGGGCGCGGCAUCGGCGGGGCAGAAGAGAACGCCGAAAGCUAGUAGAGGGACUUCGAAGGUCCAGACUCAGCUGCCGGAGGCCCCGGUAGAAGAUCCAGUGAAGGUCGAGGAUGUCUCGACUCCGGUCGUGGAGGAAGUCAAGAUCGUGGAAAAGCCAGUCGUGCUGGAUCUCGAACAGGAGGCGAAACCGGAUGCGAACGGGUCGGGUCCCAUUAAAAUAGAAGAGGAGGUGAAGGAGUCUGUAGAUGAUUAUGAGAAAGAUGAAAGGUUGGAACUGGAGGAUAAUGACCCUGAAUAUGAACCCGAAGAAUAUGGUGGGGUUGAUUAUGAUGAGAAGGGAAUAGAACAAGAGGAUGUUCAGGAGGUGGGAGAUGACGGGGAAGAAGAACAUGAGGAGGAUGUUGGUGAAGAAGAAGAAGAAGGACAAGGACAAGGAGAGGGUGAUAUGGUUGAGGAGGAAGAUGUUCAUGAAGAACUUACAGGCGAAGAGGAUGGUGAGCAUGCUGGCGAGGAGCAAGAGCAUGCUACACUGGUUGAUGCAGACGAAGAGGAGCACCAUGAAGUUGUGAAAGAGAGGCGCAAACGUAAAGAGUUUGAAGUGUUUGUUGGUGGCUUGGACAAGGAUGCAACUGAGGAGGAUCUUAGGAAAGUUUUUGGUGCAAUUGGUGAGGUUACUGAAGUCAGGCUGAUGAUGAAUCCUCAGACUAAGAAGAAUAAGGGUUUUGCAUUCUUGCGUUUUGCAACUGUGGAGCAAGCAAAACGAGCUGUUACUGAGCUCAAACACCCGAUGAUUAAUGGGAAACAGUGUGGUGUUAGUCCAAGUCAAGACAGUGACACCCUUUUCGUGGGUAACAUAUGCAAGACAUGGACAAAAGAAGCCUUGAAGGAGAAGUUGAAACAUUAUGGGGUCGAGAAUGUUGAGGAUUUGACAUUGGUUGAAGAUAGUAACAAUGAGGGAAUGAAUCGGGGGUUUGCUUUUUUGGAAUUUUCAUCUCAUUCAGAUGCAAUGGACGCCUUUAAGCAUCUUCAGAAGAGAGAUGUGGUGUUUGGAGUUGAUAGGCCUGCAAAGGUUUCUUUUGCAGAUUCCUUCAUUGACCCUGGUGAUGAAAUUAUGGCACAGGUUAAAACUGUAUUUGUGGAUGGUCUGCCUGCUUCAUGGGAUGAAGAACGUGUUCGAGAGGUUCUUAGGAAACACGGAGAGAUCGAAAAGAUUGAGCUCGCCAGGAAUAUGCCAUCUGCCAAGCGAAGGGACUUUGGUUUUGUCACAUUUACCACUCAUGAUGCUGCAGUGACGUGUGCUAAAAGCAUUAACAAUCAGGAGUUGGGUGAAGGAGACGGCAAGGCUAAAGUUAGGGCCAGAUUGUCAAGACCACUUCAGAGAGGCAGAGGAAAGCAUGUUGGUCGUGGAGAUUUCCGAUCUAGUCGUGGGGUUGGACGAGUUGCAAGGAGUUCAUGGAUUCGUCCAUCUCUGCAUACUCUGCCUGUACAUGGAGUGAGAAGAUUUGGAAGUCGUGUCCCACCAGCCAGCAUGAAAAGACCUGGUGGUUUGAGAGAUAGACGCCAUGUUCUGUCCAUGCCAACAAGAGGCAGGCCCUUGGCUCCUUCAGUUAGGCCCUAUGACAGGAGAGCACCUGUUCCUUCAUACCCGAAAAGUAGCUUGAGGAGGGAAUAUAGUCGGCGUGAUGAGCUUCCUCCUCCAAGGAGCAGAGCUGCUGCAUAUUAUGGUCCUAGGGCCAUCCCAGAGAGACAGCAAUCAUAUAGAGAUGACUACACUCUGCGUGGUCCUGGUUACUCUGAUCUUCCUAGAACUACAUCACGCCCAGCAGCAAGGAGAGCUUACGUGGAUGAUGGCUAUGGCCAAAGGUUUGAAAGAGCUGCUCCUCCUCCAAGUUACCACGAGGGACGUGCCCGUGAUUAUGACUCCAUUUCUGGGUCAAAGCGUCCAUAUGCUGCACUGGACGAUGUGCCCCCACGUUAUGCUGAUUCGGGAGUCCGCCAAUCUAGGGCUCGCUUAGACUAUGAAUAUGGGGCCAGUGCUUCUCAAUAUGGAGAUGCUUAUGGUGAUAGGCUUGGAAGAUCUAAUCUAGGAUACGGUAGUGGCAGAACUUCUGCUUCUAGUCAGGAUUCACAUGGGCUUUAUAGCAAUCGUCAAGGCUCGAGUUAUGGAGGAGGCUCUUUCAGUGGUAGUGACGUUGGUGGAGCUUACUCAUCGAGUUAUGGUGGUGAUUAUGUGUCCCGUGGAAGUGAUGUUGGUGGUAGCUCUUACUCAUCAGUGUACUCUGGUCGUGGUGUGGGUGGCAGCAGCAGUUACAUGGGGGGAACUGGUGGUUCUGGCUCAUAUUAUUGAGAUCUGUCAUGAAAAAGAUGCUGCUCUAGGAUGUGAACUAAAUGAAGCUUAUGCAUUGUGAUGCUUACAGUGGAGUGAUUGUUGACAAGCCUAAGAGCCCUCAUGUUGUGACAAUCUUUCACAGAACAAAGACACUCUGUUGGUUCAAGCCAUCUUAGAAAUCUCUACUGGCGUGCUAGUUUCUAAGUUGGAAUGUUAUGCUGUAAGGAAACCUUAAAUUAUUCAGAAUGGAAUACAUACAAGAAGUGCUUAGCUGCUAUAUGUAUGAAUCACAUUUUAUUUUCUGUGUAGACCGCAUUUGAUGGACAAAUGUGGAGAUAUGCUGCAUCAUCUGUUCUUCUGGACAGAAAUAUGAUGAGAUUGAGAUUUCUGUAAUUGGUUAAGGAAUUUUUGGAAAUCAUCGUGCUUGAAUUCGUUGGAGAA